AUGUCUUCUCCAUCGCCCACCCUCUCCAUAUCCGGCACGCCCCCUGAAGCCAUCCCUGAUUCCGCGCAGCAAGAACCCGACAUUCCCCUCACGCUUGCCUCGUCCAUGAUUCUGACGGCUCUGCCUCGCGACGCAGCCACAGCCCUGUCCUCCGCCGGCGAGUUCCCCAAACCCAAAAUCGCAGUCCACUUCAAGCCUGUAGGAAGCGCGCCGUCACUGCGGAACCAGGUCUGCAAGAUAUCGAGCGCGCAGAGGUUUGAGGUUGUGGUUACGUACUUGCGGAGGACGCUGAAGGUGGCAGAGGCGGAGAGCGUGUUUUUGUAUGUCAAUUCUAGCUUUGCGCCGGCACUGGAUGAGGUCGUGGGGAAUCUACACAGGUGCUUCAAGGAUUCCAAGGAUCAACUCGUUGUUACCUAUUCGAUGACACCGGCUUUUGGAUGA